GGUGAAUAGCUCAUUUAAGCAACUGAAGUAGGGCAGCCUAUUCUCUUACUUGGGAAAUAGCAGGAAUUUGUAACUGUCUUGGUGCGAGACCCCAGGACACAAAAAGAAGACUCAUGGCAUUCUUACAUAGACUAUGAGAUAUUUAUUCACACAAACAGCAUGUGCUUUACAAGGAAAACGUCUUGUGUUAGACGACGCUUUCGAGAAUUUGUUUGGCUUCGGCAGAGGCUUCAGAGCAAUGCAGUGCUUAUACAGCUACCUGAACUGCCAUCUAAAACUCCCUUUUUCAAUAUGAACAAUCCUCAUCACGUGGACCAUCGCCGGCAGGGUCUGCAAGAAUUCCUGGAAAAGAUCCUACAAGAUGCAUUAUUGCUUUCAGACAGUAGGCUUCACCUCUUCUUACAGACUCAGCUGAGCCCAGAAGAUAUGGAGGCUUGUGUAUCUGGACAGACCAAAUACUCUGUUGCUGAUGCGAUUCAUAAGUUCGCCUCUUUGAACAGGCGUUUUCCUAUAGAACACGAAGAGAGAAAAAAAGGAAAAAACGAUGCAGACUCCGACUCAGAGAGUUCAUCCUCCGGGCUCAGACCUAGUGAUGACAGCAUUUCAUGUGGACGUAAAGCAAGCCCAGCUUCUGAAGAAUCAUGAAAAAUCAUCCCUGUAUUGCUAUCUUAAGGACAGUACAAAGCAGUUUCUGCUCUGUUUACUGGUUACGCAUACCACGUAAACGCGUCUGGCUGGUAACGCGUACCUAAAAGACGCGUCAUCAAUACAACCAUAUAUCCGUACAAAAUUUUCAAAACAGACCUUGAUACUAUUUCUUUGUUGAUUUUAUUAUGUACGUUGAUUCAGGUCUACAUACUACCUAUUACAUUUAGGUUUUUGUGACUAUUAAAAUCUCAGUAUUGGGUAAGUCAUGCU